AUGAGCUUUGAAGAUAAUAUCGAAGAAUCAAUAGAAACUGAUACUACUGAGUCACUAUGUACUAUACAGGAUAUAGAAGAAUCAAGUUCAUCAAACACAAAUAAACGAAAACGAUUAGUAGGACGACCAAAAAAUCAGAUUUGGAACGAAUUUUUAGAAUAUGGCGAGAAAAAAAAAGGACAUGUAGGCAGUAUUUGUAAGCACUGUGGUGACAAUAAAUUAAGAGGACGAUUACCAGAAAUGCAAUCUCAUAUUGCAUUUAAUUGUCAAGAAGUUCCUACCGAAAUUAAACAAUAUUGGAUGCAAUAUUUUAUUUCUG